AAUUGCAGGCGGCUUUUCGUUCUGAUGACCUUGAUCCCAAACCUGAUAAAAUGUUCAGUAUUGGACGCCUAAUCGAAGGCAUUGUACCGGUUAAAGUUAGUGGCAAGUGGAAGAAAAAGCUUUGCGCGCUUGAGAGACCUGCAACAUUUAUAAACUCACUAAAGUUAUUCGUAUUUAACGACGAUGGAAGUAUAUGUCGAUGUCAAGAUGUUCAUGCCUACAUUCUCGGAGUAGACUCUAAGCAUGACGGAGUAAUUAUGUUCGUAUGUACCUACAAGUUACGUUGUAUAUCAUUUCGACAUUUCGAGGAGAUGACUAAAUGGGAUGACAUAUUGAAAGCUAAUUUGAAAUGUAAGUCAAGCUUUCAAGCUCUCAUAUAUGGUCCGUAAUUUUCUUUCGCUAACGACUGGCGUCUGUGCACAUAACUUCAUAUCAUUGAGUAUAACCUUACUUGCUUUGACAUAGGUACUCAUGCUGAUUGUUUAAUGUUGUCUUUAAAUGUUUAAUUAUAGACAACCUUCCGAAACAUAUGACUAAAAGAGUACUUUGAACAAAUUUGGUCUAGUUGUCUCCGUUUGUAUGCAUAUGUGCUUCCCACUUUUGCUUAACUUAAUACCCCACUUUAUCGAUAAAAGUGUGGAGGGGAUCGCUAGAUUUAUAGUUUCUUCCAACUUUGCUGUUGUAUUCUAGUAAUGAAAAUAUAUAUGCCUUCAAGGUGUCACUAAACUGCUCAAAUGCCUAUUCAGCAAUUUGAUAUCAGAGUCAUUUCCAAUAAAUCAAAUGCAAUUACUAUGUCGGGUGAUACUAUAAUGUUUAGCAAUCAGCCUCUUACAAUGUCCAGUUAUUUAAUAGACUCCGUAAAUAUAUGUACAAAUCGUCCACAACAUGCUAGAACUCAGCCUGUUCGUUGUCAGUCAUUAUUCCACGAGGUUUUUGGUCUGUGAAGCACGAUCUCAGUCAGUAUUUUAGAGUCAACUGGUAACGAACCUAUAACGAAACAUCUGUCAUUCGUAUUAGCCUUGUUAGUUUAUGUAAUGAUUUUUGGUAACAUGAUUCAAUGGCCUGUCACCAACAUUCAGUAUAUGUAAGCAGACUGUCUCAAUACUUAAAUAUUUUUAAUUGGUUGAUUCUGAAUAAUUACUUAGCUUAAUGGAUAUGAGAAUGUAAAACACUAUUUUUGCCUUCGUUAGGAUGAUGAUCACUUGGAACCAAGACUGAAUAGUUUCGGUAUAACGUUUUAUUUUAUGCUUUUAGUUUUCGACAUAAUUUCCAACAUCUUGGUGUCGAGCUGAAUAAUUUACUUUUUCCUAGUAAUGAAGAUGGCUUUCUACUGGAAAAAUCCUUACUGAUUGUCAUUAGUUUAAUUCGGCUUUUAUCAACAAACAUGCAUCCUAUGAGACAACCACUUCGUUUAAAAAUAAUCUAUUCAUUGUGGGUAUCAGUGAAUGAAUUGGUUUAUGACAAUAUCUUACUAGCGGCUUUUAAAAUACAUUUCCUUUAUGUCAGUUUCUUAAGUUGAUUUACUGUUUUUUUUGUGCUCGUUAUAGGUUCAUAUUUUCAUGCCGAUUUGAUUGUUGCUCCUAAAAACAGCAUUUUGUAUAGUUAUGCACGUCAUAGGAGACGUUUUCCACUCAUUCAAGGACCUAAAAACCAGAUUUUCUCAUCUUUAAGAAAAUUAUAUCCUACAUUAUGCAGUAAUUCAAGCGAUGGCUAUCUACAUGUGACACCUGAUCGUAUAUGUUUCACUACGGGUCCGGGUUGUUCCCAUCCUCGUCUCUUAGCAACAUGGACUUUUGAUAAUGAUGAAAUAGUGCAGUGUGGUACUGCCCGUGUUCAGAACGCUGUGAGAGGAAGCUUCACUGACCCUCCAUCACUCUUUUUUCUCACUGCCUUCCCUGAUCACCCUGAAGCUCCUGGAAGUCACCUUUUCCUAUCCAACCGUGCUACUGACUUAUGUGAUAUGAUUGAACAUACUAAUCAAGCCGCAGUUUAUCAAGCAGACUGGAGACGCCUAACUUGUUUAGCUUCACUUAUUGAUCCCCCCGAUUGCUCUAAAGGAUGCGAUUCUGACCAGACUAUUUCUUUAUGUAAUCCUAUCCUUUCUGUUACCAGUCGUGUCUACUCGAAUGCGACUCAAAAUGCUGCGAUUAUUUCUACCAAAAAUCUGGAUAAGUGUAGUAGUGAUGAAGUUCCUAUGAUAGAUUCACCGCCCUCGUCCAACAAACUGACUAACAGGAAUACUGUACCACAGGUAGUAUUGCACUUUACAUCGUCAUAAUUUUGUACCUCAAAACUCUUCUUAACCAUGUUUGGCCACUUAUGUACUUGUUUUGUCAUGUUAGUAGGAAUAGUAUUCUUACGACUAUUUCUGCUAACAACAGCCAAAUUACGGUAACAGUGCUUGGUAUAUUAGCUUAUUGCUUGUCAACAGUGGGGCAUGUUCCCACCUCAAUUAUAGUUUUCUAAAUGCUUUGUCAUUCGGAUCCAGUGCUCUUCAGUUUCGCUUCUUACUUAAAUUCAUGUGGUUUCAUAAAGGUUUAUUGACAGCCACCGUGUUUGCUAACUAGAAUACUCACCUCAAAUAUUCCUGUUCAAGUUUUUAUCAGCAUACAGAGAUUAUUAAAAUAACGUUUUUAGACUGAAUAAUCUUGUGUAGCAGAAGCUUUGACAAAAUUCACAACAUUUUAAACAUCUUGAAGGAAAGGUUGGGUACGUUUACAUGCAUUUCUCACUUCUGUCAUACUAACAACUCCGAAUAAAUUAUUGUUUGCUUGUCGGUGUUUGAUUUGAUAUGAAGCAUUAAGAAUUAACCUUCCGUGUGUUUCGAAUUACGUAGACUGAAUAUAUUUGUUGACCGUAAAAAGUGUUUGUCUGGACAUUUUUAUCAUAUGUUAAGGCUAAUCAAGUUGAUGUUAUAAUUCAGAUGGACGAUUACAUUGAAUAGCUGAAUUAGUCAUUCUCUACACAGUUUGUGUGAUCUUUGUAGGGAAAAUGUUGGACUACCUUCUGCUUUGGUACUGUCUAAUGACAAACACAUAAAUAAACGUACUUACUGAUUUAACUGAAAAUGAGAGUUGAUUAAGCAGUUAAAGUCCUUAUCUAAAGACUCAAACUUCGUAUAGUCCCCUAUCUUUAUCAGUCUUAUUAAACUAUGGGACAACUUUUAAACCAAAGCUCAUGUGUUUUUGUUGGACAAGUAUUCCACCUUGUUUAUUAUAUUGCACUUCAGUCUUCGUUAUAUUUUGAUAGUCGACUAGGUAGCGAUAUAUAUGUUCAUACUAUUCCUUAACCUAAUGCUUUAUAUAUUUUUUGAAUAGAUGAAGAUUAAUUCAGAUGAAAGUUCAAAAAAAGUAAAGGAGGAAAUUCAUGUUGAUUCAGUCAAUGAUAGAAAAAAAUGGGUUUCUAUGCAUCCAAGACGGCGUUUGUCUAGUCAUCCUGUAACAACAUAUCAGUGCACUUCUCUUAAUAGUAUUAAUGUCAAUGUUAACCCCAAAUCUUAUCCAUACUCUGGUCACACACACUGUUUACGGGAAUGUAAUAUUUGUCACUGGAGAGGAUCUGAGCCUUAUUUGGUGACUUUACCUUCACAACCUCUGGACACGCUGAAGUUGAAAGAACUACUCUAUCAACCGUACUGUUCGUUUUGCUUCAAAAAUUUACCUUGUACUUGUAGUGGACUUUUGUCUAUUUCUUCUGAUUCUCAUGAUUCAUGUGAUAAUGGUUUUUCUAAGAAAACGUGUAAUAAUAAAAAUAUCUGCCUGAUUUGUUCAGAAAAGCUUACUAAAGAUAAUAUUUCCAACGAUACUUUUUUAUCAAACAACUGUUCACAACAAGACAACAAUAUUCAUUCAGCUGAUAAAAAUGAACACCAUAAUAACGUUACUGCUGAUUGUCUCAAUACAGAACAAAUGGAACUCAAUUUAAAGUACAGCCCUCGUACACCCUUUUCUGUAUCCGAGCAGAAUGUCUUUAAGCCACUAACGGAUUCUCCUGGUCGCUCUAGUACAGUUUCUCCCUCUCAAGAUGUUCGCCGACGCAAACGACUGCCAAGCAGCUGGUCUACUAUUAGUCGAACACUGAUAAAUAACGGUGACACGUCAGCGAACAUUACUCAAUGUAACAUUCGCCCUAUCCGCAGACAUCAAACUGAAUUGAAUCGGUGUUUGUCCAAUGGAAAUAGCCCACAACACCCUUAUAUUUCAUCUUUGACGACACCAACUAUCAUCCCAGGAAUCCAGUAUGCUAGGACACGACAACAUACUGCCAGUACGUGUGAAAACACAGCACCUUAUCAUAAAGACUCAAGCAAUUCACAUAGUUCCCCUUGUUCUCCAACCACAAAUAAACAGGGUAGUAUCAAAUCUUCACUAGUUUCCUUAUCACCUUCUUUUACACCACUUUGGGCGGACGCACCUACUUAUGCUAAACCGAAAACUGGAAAACACUAUGUUUCCAGAGAGGUGAUUCAGGCUCUCCGUAUCGACCAAAAACAACAAUUUUCGUCUGUUUCAGAUAAUGUGAAAGGCUUUGGUAGCUGUUCUCAGAUGAAUUCGUCAGACAAUGUAUGUCAUAAUGAAAACCAUUCAAGUGAAUCUGGUAGUACGUUAACAUGCUUAACAGAAGCAUUUGAUGGGAAUGCGACCUUUCAGUUUAAACAGCAGUCGUCAAACGAUCCUUCCCAAUUUAAGACAUCAGCUUUUUGUCCUGUAACAACAAAUGUGUCGGAUUCUAAUUUUUUGUUUCAAACUAAAUCUAAUCGUGUUGUGGCGUCUCAAAGUGAUAAGUCAUUAACAAAUUCUGGACCGUAUAUUAAUAUGUUCCCGAAUAACCUUCAUGUUGCGUUAAAACCGUUAUCUGAAAAAAAUUCAUCGAUCUUAACUUCAUCUACUUCAACGCAAUCUAUUCACAAUUAUAACGUUGGGAAUAAACAACAAGACGUUGAUCAAAUAACCAACAAUAAUAGUAAUACCUUCAAGUUACCAGUGGAUACAGAUAUCGUCUUCAAAAAUCCUAAACAUUAUGUGAAUUUAUUAGGUUUACAGAAAAGUGGAUUCACGGUUUUAAAUCACUCAAAUGCAACAGUGUAUUAUAUCAAUUUUUCACCAAAUAAUUCAGAACGUAGAUGUUUUGCAGACCCAACAUCUGUACAAUUAUCAAUUUCUGAUUCCUCUUUGGUGCCACGUGUCCCAGCCUCACUACCUAUUCUUUCAGAUUCUUUUCUGGAUAGACCACCAACUCCACCAAGGCUGACAACAUCUACGAAUAACGUUACUUCCAAUGAUACUUCAUUUAUUCCCAAAACACCACAAUUACAUUAUGCUCAUCUUACACUAUCUGACAAAGUAAAUAGUUCAAUGACAAAUAUGUGUCAUCAUAAAACAUCGGAUGAUAUAAUGAAUGAUGGUAAUAUUUGUAAGAAUAAAACCAGUCUUCACUCAUCUCAAUCUUUACAGUGUGCAUUAUCUUCUGGCCUAAAUUGUUCUGAAACUGAGUUUCUGGAUUGUAGCUGUAACCUAGUUGGCAAUAACUGUCAUGACUGUUCCUCACAAGGAGUAAACUAUGUAACUAUAGAUAUGAAACAGACCAAAGCACUUUCUGAAUUAGAACAAGAAUUGCGCAUCAGUACUGGAUUAGUACGUAAUGCUGGUUGUCAUAUACCAUGGUCAGAAUGUGUCCUUCAUAAUCAGAACUGUGGUAAUGUCAAAACUGGUAACAGAUUCACAGUGCUACGCAGGCAUUUUACAAUUCCAUGCAGCUUCCCCAGUUAUUUCGCCAGAAAAAAAGAUGACACGGUUCAUGCAUUAACAAGCUCUUCAACAAAUUCACAAGGAAAGAAACAAAAUCAUGAAAAUAUCGUUUCCGUGACCAAUCGAGUUCUAAAGCGUUUAAUCCAUUCCUCUCACCUCCCACAUCACCAAAAUUAACAUUGUGGCAAAAUUGCCUAAAGCCAAAUCAGUUGCUUCUAUUUUUUUUGUAUUUAUCCCUAAUAAGUGCAUCGAAUGUUUAAAUCGAAGUGAUAACAUCUUAUCCUUUAUUCAUUUAACGAAUAACACUAAAUAACAUCUGCUUAACACAAAGAUCCAUUUAAUAUAAACAAUAAACUAUUUAACUUGACCAAUGGGUGCACCACUAAUUAAUGUUGCAGAAAUAUGCUAUUUUUGUAUUACAUCAUAUAUAUAUUUCCUUAUCGAUCUUUUUUAGAUUAAAGUUAUUUUUGUUCUCU